CUAGACUUUAAUUCUCCUGAAGCAUUCUUUUUCUCUUAUUAUGUUUUGCCGCAUUUGUUCUUCUUCUCUUCUUGCUUGUUACUUGAUGAAUUCUAACAAUAACUAUGCUUUUGAAUAUCAUAAAUGCCAAAAGGACUAUUGAAAUUGGAGUCUUCACUGGAUACUCUUUGCUCCUCACAGCUCUAUCCAUUCCUGAUGAUGGCAAGAUUAUAGCUAUUGAUCACAACCGAGGAACGUAUGAAAUUGGACUACCUGUCAUCAAAAGAGCAGGAGUUGAGCACAAAAUCAAUUUUAUCGAGUCUGAUGCUUUGCCCGUUGAGCCAUUCAUACUGAUAACAGUUCUAGACAAAUGGUGACUGCAAAGUCAUUAGAUUUAGUACAAAGUGAAAAUACCAUCAAAGAGAGUAACAUAGAGAGCCUUGACUUUGGUUAUGUUGAUGCUGACAAAGUGAAUUACCCCAAGUAUCAUGAAAGGCUUUUGAGGUUAAUAAAGGUUGGUGGGAUCAUAGUAUAUGAUAACACACUUCGGGGAGGCUCUGUUGCAAUGCCAGAACACUCUGUUCCGGAGGGAGCGAAACCUGCCCGCCUUUAUGCAAUUGAGUUUAACACAUUACUGGCCUCUGAUGAUCGUAUUCAAAUUUCUCAUGUCCCCCCUGGGUGAUGGAAUUACUAUAUGUUAUCGUCUGAAAUGAGCGGUGAACGGGGUUAUAGGUUGUUCUAUGUGUUUAAAGUUCAUAUAAAUCUGCAGACAUACAUAUUGAUACAUAGCUGGCUUUUUCAUGAUCCUUCGGUUACAUACAUGUCACAUGUACUCCUUUGACAGGGCCGUUUUUUAGCAUGUUCAUUAGGUUCGACGGAACAGGGCCUCACUUUGCAUGGGGCCCCAAUAUUUAUAUGAAGCUACUAGUAGUAUUUUUAGGUCAUUAAUAUUAACUAAUUAUAUAAUGUAAUAGUGUAUACUAUCGUAUAUGAAUAUGGGCUGCAGCCUGCAGCUAAACUCACACUGCACUACUCCAUAUAAUAAUGCCCUCAUAAAUUAAAA